CGAGGCAGCGGCAGUGGCGGCGGCGGCGGCGGCUGGAGCCUCUGAUUGGGUUUCGGGGUCCGGUACUGGAGCCAAUCAGCGCGGGCAGCGAACCGGGGGAGCGAGGCACGGAGUCCCUGCCUGGCAGCUGCCUGGGAUCUGUAGAGUGAAGCUUCAGGACUCUUAGCGCGGCCAGGCCAUGGAGCAGUAUACGACAAACAGCAAUAGUUCCACAGAGCAGAUCGUGGUGCAGGCCGGCCAGAUUCAGCAGCAGCAGCAGGGUGGUGUCACUGCUGUCCAGCUGCAGACUGAGGCCCAGGUGGCAUCCGCCUCAGGCCAGCAAGUCCAGACCCUCCAGGUAGUCCAGGGCCAGCCAUUAAUGGUGCAAGUCAGUGGAGGCCAGCUUAUUACAUCAACAGGCCAACCCAUCAUGGUACAGGCUGUGCCUGGUGGACAAGGCCAGACCAUCAUGCAAGUACCUGUGUCUGGAACACAAGGUUUACAGCAGAUACAGUUGGUGCCUCCUGGACAGAUCCAGAUCCAAGGUGGGCAGGCUGUGCAGGUGCAAGGCCAGCAGGGUCAAACCCAGCAGAUCAUCAUCCAGCAGCCACAGACUGCAGUCACCGCUGGUCAGACUCAGACACAACAACAGAUUGCUGUCCAGGGACAGCAAGUGGCCCAGACUGCUGAAGGGCAGACUAUUGUCUACCAACCAGUUAAUGCAGAUGGCACAAUUCUCCAACAAGUUACAGUCCCUGUUUCAGGCAUGAUCACCAUCCCAGCAGCCAGUUUGGCAGGGGCACAGAUCGUUCAGACAGGAGCCAAUACCAACACAACCAGCAGUGGACAAGGGACGGUCACUGUGACACUGCCCGUGGCAGGGAAUGUGGUCAACUCAGGAGGAAUGGUCAUGAUGGUACCAGGAGCUGGCUCUGUGCCUGCCAUCCAAAGAAUCCCUUUACCUGGAGCAGAGAUGCUGGAAGAAGAGCCCCUGUAUGUGAAUGCUAAACAGUAUCACCGCAUCCUUAAGAGGAGACAAGCACGGGCUAAACUAGAGGCAGAAGGGAAGAUCCCAAAGGAACGAAGGAAAUACCUCCAUGAGUCUCGGCAUCGGCAUGCCAUGGCACGGAAGCGUGGGGAAGGGGGCCGCUUCUUCUCUCCGAAAGAAAAGGAUAGUCCUCACAUGCAGGAUCCAAACCAAGCUGACGAAGAAGCCAUGACACAGAUCAUCCGAGUUUCCUAACCACAGGAGGGUGGCAGAGCUGAUCAGUCACGGUUCUCUCCACUGUUCUGGAAAUGGACUGACUUCCGGUGGGGCACUGACAGUCUCACUCUGCCCUUUCUCAGGACAGAAACCACUUAGCUCAGUAUUACAGCUGCAAUAAUGGCUGACAAACUGAAGUGGCAAGCUUUUGUCGCACCCCUUCAUUGAGGACCUGUUUCAGACUGUUGGACACUGACCUUUUGCAAAUUUGGAUGAUUAAAAAGAGGUAUUUGCCAGCCCAGCAUUACAAACACAGCACUUAUGUUGAGUGGUAAAGCCAGCUAGUCAGCCAUUGCAGUAGGGAGAGCCGCCUUCUCAACCUGGUCCUCAGUCAAGGCAGCCACAGCCCCUGCCUCCCUGUGGGCUCUCAACAGCAUCCGUGCCCUGCUGGGGUGUCGGGCUGCCUGAUGCACAGACACUUUGCACUCAGGUGGCUCCCAAGCAAAGAAGCUUCCGGUUAGGACUUGGAUCAACAAACCGAGCUGCAGUCUCCUGGCCUGUGCUGAUAAGAAUCUGUCUGCCCACAUGCUAGGUUGGUGUUUACUUCAGCCAAGAAAGUACAAAAAGGCUAUUUUGGACUCAGGAUAAAGGAUAGAUGGACAUAAAAGGUACGUUUCUAGCUUUGACUGACUGGUCUGCUCAUUUCUAUUAACGGCCAUCAGGGUCAUAGUUCAUACUAUGGCCACUUUAGAGACAGUUUAGAGAGUAAAGAACAAAACUUCACAACAUCUGUGCUGAAGUGUUGAGGACGUUCUUCAACAGAGGCAAACCUAGGGUAUUUAAUCAUGGGCUUUAUGACAGCAAGUAGCAAAUGGAAGGAUCUGUGCAUUUCAAUCUAGAGAGCAAGUGCCCUGCUGGCCCAAGUGCUGCUGUAGAGCUUGAUUCUCCAGUGGAUGGAUAGAUACCAGGCAUGACUCUUAGGCUGAAGAAACCAAGUACAUUUACACUGACACCUUCCGACGUGCACUAAAAGAGAAUCAUUAUAUAGCCUGAAGAAGCACUGUUGAGCCAGCUGUCCGGGAUGCAGACUGGAGCACUGCUGGAGCACAGAGUGGAGCAGAGAUGUGUGCUUCAUCCCUGCCUGGGUGCUGACCCAGAGGGUGAAUGUUCUUCCCAUGGCAGCUGAUUCUUUGGUGCCAGUUUCCACUUGUUUUCUCCGUUCUCUGUAGGCCCUGCAGCAAGGUUUGCUCACUGCAUCAGUGCUGCAGGGACCAACUACAGCCUGCAAGGAUUCCUGCAGGGUCAGGAAUUGGGCCUCAGAAAUGUGUUUUCUGGAGAAGCACUCUACCACUGAGCCACACACACACACACACACACACACACACACACACGCCCCAGCCCUAGCCCUAGCCCCAGCCCCAGCCCCAGCCCCAGCCCCAGCCCCAGCCCCAGCCCCAGCAGAUGCUGAGGCCUGGAAGAAAAGACCAAUGUUGAUACAUAAAAAGAGUUGGCUGCCUUCUCUGCAAUCAAAGUCAAACACAGUCAAUCCAAAGACUAAAAUACCUGGCAAGUCUAGAGACUGGCUCUUUGUCUUUGUUCUGUGUUAAAGAUGGGAAAGACUUUAACCUUAUAAAGAAAUAUCGCAGGGAGACCAGUUUAAUUGGAGAAGCGCGCAGGAAGCCAUCUCUUCCUAGUCCCAGGAAUCUCGCCAUUUCUCCUGGCUUCCAGAGGUCAGAGGGGGCUGAUCCUUUUUUAUAAACUCACUACAACUUCUGGCUCUUCCCGUGAGCUUCCAGGGGUCACUGAAAGCCGGGAGGGAUUUCUGCCUUUGAAGUGGAGCGGAUUCUAACAGGAGGCUUCAGGGAUUCCUCAGACUUAACUGUAGCGCUUCAGCCGGCAGUUGUAGAACGCUAUUUAUUCGUGUCUGUAAGUUUGUACAUAACCCUAACCUCAUAGGCAAGUUUGAGUUUUCUUUCCUUUGAUGCAGAUUUCCCCUUUGUGGCUGCAUUGCAGUUGGCUCCCGGCCCUGUCCGUGCGUGCGGGCUCCAAUUCUGGCACAGCGUAAGAGCAGCCCACAGAGGCCAGGGGGCUCACUUGGAUUGGUGUUUGUUUGUUUGUUUGUUUAACUCAGUUCUUUUUACUUGUUCACGUGACUGUAGUGAUGGCUUCAAAGAUACAGACUAGGUGGAGGAGUGGGCUGCUGGUCUACUGGGCACUCUACUUCCUGUUGCAGGAUAACUGUAAAUGUAUAUAUUUUAAUUGCACUGGUCUAGACCACUGCACCAACAGCCUCUCCUGGCUACAGGGUGCCUGAUAAUAAUGUCUUGAUUUUCCUUUGGGACUCAACCAUGGACGUCUCUCUUCACCCCCUCUCCCACUCCCUUUACCCCAGUAGGGGAGUACAGGUGAUCACUGAUGUCAUUGCAAUUGCUUUUCUUUUUUAAUAAAUUUAUAAAAAUAC